AUGGCGCUUUGCUGGAAGGUGCAAUUGGCUUCAAAACACCUCCUGCCAUUCUCUUCACCACGACCACAUCUCAUCAACAACCUCCCGAAAUCAACACUCGAACUCCUUUCCCAUCACCUCAAUCAACUCCAAAGCACUUCAAACAUCCCCAAAAUGGCCACUCUUCACUACCUCCCACCAGUCAAGCCAUCCGCCAUCGCCCUCGGCACCGUCUUCAACCACGCCGCUUCGCUCGCCAUCCUCGGCCCAGUCUUCGGCGACACCUACCGCCGCGCCCAGCAGGCCAACAGCUCUGAAGAGUUCUUCAAGUCCAAGGAGGCCGCAUCUGCCGCAUCCGCAUGGGGAACAUCGCUCGUCGGCUCCGCCGUCCAGUCCUACGGUGUUGGUGCUCUGAUUAACGCUACUGGCACACUCUCCUACAAGGGUGCCGCAUACCUCGGCGCUUUGAUCUUCGCUGCCUCAUCUGCCCCAUCGUUCAUCGCCCAGAUCUUCACUGAGAAGCGACCACUCGACACCGUUGCCGUUGGCGCCACUGCCCGCAUCUUCGAGACUGUUGGUCUGUCGCUCUUCCUUACCUGGUGGGGUACCCGCACCUCUCCAUUCGAGGCCGCCCGCUUCCAGUAA